AUGCAGACCCACCCCUUGAGAGGGAAAUAUAAGCCAGCCGCCUCCAGAGAGCAGUCACUCAGAGGGACUUGACUUUCCUCUUAGUGAGAUCACCUGCACCACCAAUCCUCUCUGUCUCACUCCAUUUCUACUACCCCCCUCAGAGGACCAGAACAGCUGCAGCCAUGAGCAUCAGUUACAAGAGCAGUGGCAGCAUGAGCGGAGGCUUCGGCUCCAGCAGAGGAUUCAGCUCCGGCGGUGGUGGUGGCGGCGGCGGUAGUGUGAGGAAGAGCUUCUCCAGCUUCUCCUCUUCAGCAGUUCCCAUGGGCUCCAGCCGUAUGAGCAGCUCGUCGGUUAGACGCUCCGUAGGCGGCAGUGGUGGAGGAGGCUUCGGCCUGGGUGGUGGUGGUGGUGGUGGAGGAAUCUCCAGCUACAGCUACAUGAGCGGUGGUGGAGGCAUGGGCGGUGGCGGUGGAGGUGGAGGCUUCGGCAUGGGCAGCGGCGGUGGAGGCUUCGGCCUGGGCGGCGGCGGUGGAGGCUUCAGCCUGGGCGGCGGUGGUGGAGGCUUCGGCCUGGGUGGCGGUGGUGGAGGCUUCGGCAUGGGUGGCGGCGGUGGAGGCUUCGGCAUGGGUGGCGGCGGCGGCGGUGGCUUCGCGCCAAUCACAGCUGUCACAGUCAACACAAGUCUGCUAGCCCCCCUCAACCUGGCCAUCGACCCCAACAUCCAGACCGUCCGUACCCAAGAGAAAGAACAGAUCAAGGGUCUCAACAACCGCUUCGCCUCCUUCAUUGAUAAGGUACGCUUCCUGGAACAGCAGAACAAGAUGCUGGAGACCAAGUGGAGCCUCCUGCAGGACCAGACCACCACACGCUCCAACAUCGAUGCAAUGUUCGAGGCCUAUAUCGCCAACCUGCGCAGACAGCUGGACGGCCUGGGAGGAGAGAAGGUCAAGCUGGAAGGAGAGCUGAUGAACAUGCAGGGUCUGGUGGAGGACUUCAAAAACAAAUAUGAAGAUGAAAUCAACAAGCGUGCCUCAGUGGAGAAUGAAUUUGUCCUCCUCAAGAAGGAUGUUGAUGGCGCCUACAUGAACAAGGUUGAGCUGGAGGCCAGGGUCGACUCCCUUCAGGAUGAGAUCAACUUCCUCAGGGCCAUCUAUGAAGCAGAGCUGAGUGAGCUGCAGGGCCAGAUUAAGGACACCUCAGUGGUGGUGGAGAUGGACAACAGCCGUAACCUGGACAUGGACUCCAUCGUGGCUGAAGUGCGCGCCCAGUAUGAGGACAUCGCCAACCGCAGCAGAGCCGAGGCCGAGUCAUGGUACAAGCAGAAGUUUGAAGAGAUGCAGUCCUCUGCAGGACAACAUGGGGAUGAUCUGCGCAACACCAAGGCAGAGAUGGCCGAGCUGAACCGCAUGAUCAGCCGUCUCCAAAACGAGAUCGAAAACGUCAAAGGACAGCGUGCCAACCUGGAGAACCAGAUCGCAGAGGCUGAGGAGCGCGGGGAGAUGGCGGUGAAGGACGCCAAGCUCCGCAUCAAGGACCUGGAGGAAGCCCUCCAGAGAGCCAAGCAGGACAUGGCCCGGCAGGUGCGCGAGUACCAGGAGCUGAUGAAUGUCAAACUUGCCCUGGACAUUGAGAUCGCCACCUACAGGAAACUACUGGAAGGAGAGGAGAGCAGGAUUACCGGAGGUGGAACUGGAGGUGGAAUUGCAACCAUCCACGUACAGACCUCCAGCAGUGGUGGUGGUGGCGGCUCCGGCGGUGGAUUCGGCAUGGGUGGUGGUGGAGGCGGUGGAGGUGGAGGUGGCUUCGGAUAUGGAGGUGGCAGUGGCAUGUCCAUGCAAAGCAGCAGCGGCUUCGGCAUGAGCAGCGGUGGCGGAGGUGGAUUCGGCAUGAGCGGCGGUGGUGGCAGUGGAUUCGGCAUGAGCGGCGGUGGUGGCGGUGGAUUCGGCAUGAGCGGCGGUGGUGGAGGUGUCUCCAUGUCCCGUUCCUCCAUGACCUCCACAUCCAGACGCUUCUAAACACAGAAGUCUGUCUGGCUGUCCCCACCUCCCCCUCACCUCCUCCUCUCCCUCUCUUCCUCGACAACCAAAGCAAGUUACAAACUCCUCCUGUCACAUGCAGGCACAGAGCAUCUAUUGAUCUACAUUAUAACCCAGGGUGGUUUGACCUCCUUAGCUGCAUAUGCCCCAUAGUUACUGGCUGAUAGGAAAUACUGGAUGCACUUUGAAUGCAGCUGACAGAUCUUUUCCAGCCCAAUAUUUCAUGUGAUUUAUUCCUGCACUGAGUAUCCUGUCCCUCACAGAUUCAGAACAUACACCAACAAAGAUGGAGGCAGAGAGAUAGUGAGAACCUGCAGCAGAGAAGUGAGUCUGCUCACUCUACAUUCAGCCUGGCUGUCUUUAGUUGCUGGAUGGUGCCUGUCAUGGAGACACAAUAUUGGUUGACAGUGCUGUGACAGUGCAUUUCAUAAGGUAACAGUAGGUUCCCUUUGCACACAUAGCCUCCAAAUGGGCCUGGCAGAGACGUGCCAUGCUGUUCACUCAAUGUUGAGACAGCUGACAAGUACAGAGUACACCCCCCCUCCCAACCCCCCAUCCCCACUGCUUCGCUGCCCCCAUAUUGCUAUGCAUUGUGGGGACUGCCAGGAGAUCAACAUAAGCAGCCAUACUAAAGUGUCGCCCUUUGCUCUGAGGUAAAUAAUCUAGCAUUAACUCUUAACUCUCCCUAUCAUAGGGACAAUGGGUUCUCCACUGAUGUUUGCAAAAAGGGUUUUUCUUGUCAUUCUGACUGGUACACCCAGAUUUAUUGAAUGUUAUUGAUCAUGUACAACCAAAACAUUGUGAAUAAAUCGGAGUUCUAUAAAAUA